AUGUGGUUUUUCCCAGGACAGUACCUCGUUCAGUGUAUAGAAAAAUACGGAGUCGGUAGGGUUUGCGAGUCAAGGGUAACCACAGCAGUUUCUGAGAGUGUUAAACGCUCGGAGGACUCGUACCGAACAAUCGGCCGAAUCGCCCUCCAAGAGGAGCUGCAGAACGACAAGGCGCUUCGCAGCGAAAGUCGGCUCCUGGCAGCACUACGCUUACUUCUUGUAACUGAUGAGUCACCCCUCGAUCUUUUCCCACAGCUACUCCAACUCACUUUUGGAGGUUAUGGCUCGCGGGUCGCCGGGGCGGCGCGUCUGCUUAUACGCCGUUGCGCUCGAGCUGUGGCCGUCGUGACCACUGGAAGCAACGAUGAGAACGAACUCGCCACGCAGCUCUCUCAGCACACCUCUGAGAUCGCCGAAGCUUUUCGCAAGUGGUCUCUGCAGUUCGAGAAACGGCACCACGCAAGAGAGGUUGGUGCACUGCAGACUGCCGUUGCGCUGGCGGUGGCGUUGCCUUCAUCGGGUAUCGUUGAUCAGCUGGCGACUCUUUUGCUACGCGGUUCAUGUAGCGUAGUCGGGGCUCCCUACUCAGAACUUGAGCAAGCCUCUGUCACACUUGACUUGGAUAUAGCAUCAUGCAGCGCAUUGGUGAACGUCUGGGAAACAGAUGAAGAGGUCCAACUGGGUCGUUGCUCCCUCGCAGACAGCGGUUGGACAGCUGAUUUCCGUCCACGCUCGAAUGCGCUGUACACCAGUGGUACCGCAACUGACGAUGCUGCCGCCACCGCUGGACCGCUGAAGUUGCAUUCGUCGCCGCGGGAAAGCGACGCGUUCCUGGAAGCGCUGCUGCUAGGCUGGCGCGAGCUCCAGGCACUUAGACUGGAAAAACUAGCCCAGAAACCCUACCCCAUUCCCGUACAUUUUAUUGAACUAGCCUGGAAUGCGCGCUCAGCGGCAGUGCGUCGUCAUGGUGUGGCUCUGGUGUUGCAAUAUACCCAGCUUUGUCGGCGGACCAGCGGGGAGUUCAACCUGCCAACUCGAAUGCGCGGUCUGAUCCGUCGAGCAUUCUGUAAUCGAGUGUUGCUGGCGAGGCUGGCUGCGGAUCCGGCCACCCAGGUCUACUUAGUGAAGAUUCUACAAUGCUUGGUUCAUAUUCAUCAGUUGAAUACGACAGACGUGAAGCGUUCGGGGGCACAGUACAUCUCGCUGGCGCAAAUGCGCCUCAGCAUGCUGUCUACCGCCCAGGAACUGUCGUCAGAGCGAAUGGCCAUGACGAAUCGCCGUCUCCUGGCAGCGCGAGUCAAAGCUGAAAUGGCACGAAACAAGUCACUGAGUGUCGAUACAGGCGAUCAUAUCGAGUCGGAAGAAUUCAGUGACAAGGAGAUUCUCACGUAUGUUCAGGAGCUCUGUGACUACUCCACCGGUAAUCGUAGCAUUUUGGAAAUGCUCGCCAUGCUUUCCCGAUCGUUACCCUGGGAGAAAUGGAUGUUCCUGGAGGCUAACGAUCCCUCUUGGCCGUUUACCAACGAGGCAGCACUACUGUCUACGCAACGCCAAGUAGACGAGGCGGCUUCCGCCGAUCCUACGCGCGAUACAGCAUCAUCGAACGUCCUACUCGAGCUGGACGAUCUUCUCUCGGGCGGACAGGACGAGCGCUCGGAUGCCGAACACACAACCGAAGCACCCUCUGACAGCGGCUCUGCGCAGCUGCAGCGCAGGUCACAGCCCAACGGCGACAAUGCGCACAAGGCUCGACGCCCGCUCGCAGACACGGCCAUGCGACGGGCGCUCUACGCUCUGGCGAGCGCUGAAUCUGUUCGACGACUCGCAGCGCUCACGCUGUGGCUCCAAGUUCUCCGCUCGGUGGCGAACGCAACCCCAGCAGCCAUGGAAUGGAUUCGCGAACGACCCGUGUACGGAGCGCUGCGAGAACGCAUCGUAAUCGCUAUGAAUGGCGAUCGUUCAGCAGCUGUACGCGUUGCUGCUGCAAUUGCGUUUAUUUACAUGUUUCAUAUCGAAGAUACUGGCCAGUUGAGCCAGUUGGAAGAGAGGCCGUACCGGUAUUCCGAACUGGCGGAGCACCUGCAGCCGUUUCUGUUAUCGUGUGCGCCUCGUGAUGCCAUCUUCUUUCUCCGCGAGGGCGCGUUUGGCUAUGCAAAAACUUCACCGCAGCUGGCCCGUUUGCAUAUCCAAUUUUGUGAGCAACUCGCUUCCAAAUAUGCAUCCAGUCCCCUGAUUGUAAGCUGGUUACGAAACGGUUGGCUUCUGUGCAUGGAGACCCCGUCAGCAGCACGCGAUGUCCACGCUUCGCUGCUGCGGUGUCUGCGCAGCCCCGAGGCGUGGUUGGCGCUGGCUGCGGCGGCCUUCAGUCGCCGCUUUGGUGUCGAGUUGCUGUUCAUUGCCGCUCGAGAUCGACCUGACGACCAGGACCAGAGACGUCUCUUCUCCGUUUCAAUGAGCAAGUUGCUGCGCGGCCUAUGGGAGGCGGCCCUGAACAGCACAUUGCUGGAUGUUCGCCGCGAGUGCGUCCUCGCGUUUGCGACGGUGUCGGCCCUGGCAGACGAACCCUUCCUCACCCAAGCCCUGGAGAGUCUGCCUGCAAUCUUCAAACGACCCGGUUUAGGCAUCUCGUCCGUUGCGAAGGUUGCGUACGAUGCACUCAGCGAGAUUUUGGAUGCCCGUGCCGCUGCCUCAUUGAUGCUGAAGCACCGCGGGCGAGUGGAGCUGGCUCCAGCACUGCGCAAGUGCGCCGCACGAGCGUCUGAUCUGUGGUCAGUGCACUGA